UAAAUUUUAACAAGGUUUUGUUCUUUGAGCCCUCUUUUUAAAGUUAUUGUUUGUUCACUUUAACUUUUGUUUCAUUUCAUACGCAGUUUUGUUUUUUUUUUUUUGGCCAUUGAAAAUGGCUGAUUUUCAUAUGGCUUGUCUUUAAUUUCAAUCUUUCUCUACUUUUGUUCCAAAAGUUUUCGAUUUUGAGUAAUACCCAAUUGCAAAGCCUUGGUCUUUGUUCAAGUUUUGGCUUUCUUAGCCUUGAGCAAAGGUCUAAUUUUUGGGGUUUAAAGGGUCUGUUUUUAGGAGUGAUAGAAAUUAUGUUGUCAUUGAAAUGUUUUUUUCAUCUUGUUUGUAAGGAUUUUUAGGAACUUGGGUUUGGUUUUUGGAAGUUUUGAGUGAGCAUGGAGGAGGUUGAACAAGCUAACAAGGCAGCUAUUGAGAGCUGUCAUAGAGUUCUUAGUCUCUUGUCUUCACCAAAGGAUCAAGUUCAGUAUAGCAACUUAAUGAUGGAAACUGGGGAAGCUGUGUUUAAGUUCAAAAAAGUUGUGUCUCUUCUCAGCAAUGACUUAAGUCACGCAAGAGUAAGGAAGUUGAAGAAGUUUAGAUCGACUUUGCCCCAAAAAAUCUUCCUAGAAAGUCCCAACUGCAGAACAAUUCUAUCACCAAAACCCCUUCAAGUAUAUCGUUCCAACCUGUUUGACAAACCACCCUUUGACCUUGAUGCUAGAGCUAAAAAUCACUUGCAGCUGACACCAAAGGUGUUCUUUGAGAACCCUUCAUUUGAGAUGAAUUCAUCAGUUAAGCCCUCUCUCCGAACUGCCCAAAUAAAGCCAUCACAAGACUAUCACUUUGUUCAUCAUCAGCAACAGAUGCAAAGGCUGCAAUUUCAGCAGCAACAAGUGAAAUACCAAGCUGAUAUGGCGUUUUCUAAGAAUAAUAGUGGUAUGAACAUCAAAUUUGAUGGAUCUAGUUGUACACCAACCAUGUCAUCUACCAGAUCAUUUGUGUCAUCUUUAAGCAUGGAUGGCAGUGUAACUAACUUAGAUGGGAACUCCUUCCAUUUAAUUGGCAUGCCGCACCAUUUUGAUCAAAUCUCACAACAAUCGAGAAGGAGGUGUUCAGGUAGGGCAGAAGAUGGCAGUAUGAAAUGUGGUACUACCGGUAAAUGCCAUUGUUCAAAGAGGAGGAAACUGAGAAUUAAGAGGUCUAUUAAAGUGCCUGCUAUUAGUAACAAAGUUGCAGAUAUUCCUCCUGAUGAAUAUUCAUGGAGGAAAUAUGGGCAAAAGCCAAUUAAGGGUUCUCCACACCCUAGGGGAUACUAUAAGUGUAGCAGUGUGAGGGGUUGCCCCGCAAGGAAGCACGUUGAGAGAUGCCUGGAAGACCCUUCAAUGCUGAUUGUCACAUAUGAAGGCGAGCACAAUCAUUCAAGGUUACUCUCAACACAGUCUGCUCAUACAUGACAAUUUGAUGGAGAUAGCAAUUUGUUGUUCUGACUUCAAAAACCGAACCUCCAAUUGUUAAAAUCAGCAAAAAAAUCUAAAAAAACCGGGUGUUUCAGAGAUGUGAAUACCUAUUGUACAUAAUAUGGGGUUUCAAACUAAGAUUGCAAAUGGUGGAGCAUUUCUACAUUAUUUAGCUUGAACCACAGAACUAGACCAAAAGGUUUACUAUAUAGAAUAGGAAUUUGUGAACUUCUUAACUUUGAAUUUAUGUGUAACCCUUGUUUCUCCUCCUUGUUUUCGAUUUGUAAGCUUUGAUUGUUUGUAUGCUUGAGAAUCUGUACGAGGAAAACCUACAAUGUCAACUAAAAACUUGAGCAGAAUCAAAAAAGCUAUGCUGCUGUGAGCUUAUAUCCUAAUAUUUAUUUGUUA